AUGGAUCAAGGACUCUCACGGGCCGGUCUCCACGAGAAAAGAUUGCUUAAAUAUCUGUUUGAUCCCACACGACCAGACGCACACAAUCCGAUGGAACGACCGUCGGAAGUGGACACCGAGGCGUUAACAAUCAAUGUGAAAUUCUUCCUAAAUCAAGUUAUGGAUGUGGUAAGUUAA